CAGUCCCAAAUAACCUCCUCACACUCACACCCUCAAAAUCUUCGAGCAAACAUCGCCGGAAGUUCGUGCCGGGAGAAAUCGAUGGCUACUACUUUAAAUGUGGUGCCGGAAGUUCGUCCGCCGUCAUUAGAGGCCGACGCCGAACAGCCUCCACUCUUCGACGGAACUACCAGGUUGUAUAUAGCUUACUAUUGCCCGUUUGCACAGCGUGCUUGGAUCACAAGAAAUUACAAGGGACUACAAGAUCAAAUUAAACUAGUGCCUCUAAACCUUCAAAACAGGCCUGCCUGGUAUAAGGAAAAAGUAUACCCUUCAAACAAGGUGCCAGCUUUGGAACACAAUGGGAAAGUUACAGGAGAAAGCCUUGAUUUGAUCAAAUACAUAGAUAGCAACUUUGAAGGACCUUCUCUUUUCCCAGAUGAUCCUGUUAAAAAACAAUUCGGUGAAGAGUUGCUAGCUUAUACUGACACAUUUCUUGGGGCAGUAUACCCUUCAUUUAAGGGUGACCCAGUCAAGGAAGCAGGUCCUCAAUUUGAUUACCUGGAGACUGCUCUGCAAAAAUUUGAUGAUGGCCCAUUCUUUUUGGGUCAAUUCAGUGGGGUGGACAUUGCAUACAUCACAUUUAUUGAACGGUUCCAUGUUUUCUUAGCCAAGGUUUUCAACUAUGAUAUCACAGAAGGAAGACCUAAUCUAGCUGCAUGGAUUGAGGAGUUAAACAAGAUUGAUGCUUACAAGCAAACAAAAUAUGAUCCUAAAGCCAUUGUUGAACUUUACAAGACUCGCUUCAUGGCUUAAGAACAACAACUUGGAGUACAAUAAUAAGUGGCUUGAUAGCUUGAUAGCGUUAAUUUGAGAAAUUCAAAUUCACAUGAUUAAUUGCUUUUAUGUUAUGUGUUGCCUGAAUGUAAGUGGACUUUGUUCCAUUUGUAUUUUUAUGUCAUCAAUAUGUGUAGGCUUGGAAUAAAGAAAUGACAAUAAAAUGUAUUUGUACAAGUUGAAUUUUA